AUGGAAAAGCAUUGGGUUUUUUGGGCUUGUGCAGAAAGAUGGUUGUUGGCAUUAGCAUCCUGGUCCUGGGGACUGUGUCGAAUAUGUCUCUUGCCUUUAAUUUUAACGUUUAAUAUGUACGGUGGGAUAGUUUUACUACUGUUAAUCUUUGUCUCAAUAGCUGGAAUACUUUUUAAAUUUCAAGAUGUGCUUCUCUAUUUUCCUGACCAACCAUCUUCAUCCCGGCUUUACGUCCCAAUGCCAACAGGGAUACCACAUGAAAAUAUAUUUAUUAAAACAAAAGAUGGUGUGCAUCUUAACCUCAUUCUGCUGAGAUACACUGGAGAUAAUGCAAACUUUUCACCUACUAUUAUUUAUUUUCAUGGUAAUGCAGGGAAUAUAGGCCAUAGAUUACCAAAUGCUUUGUUGAUGCUGGUGAACUUGAAAGUGAACUUGCUAUUAGUUGACUACAGAGGAUAUGGAAAAAGUGAUGGAGAGCCAAAUGAAGAGGGUCUGCAUCUGGACUCAGAGGCUGUGCUAGAUUAUGUUAUGACUAGGUCUGACAUAGAUAAAACAAAGAUUAUAUUGUUUGGACGCUCCUUGGGGGGAGCAGUGGCUAUCCAUCUGGCUUCAGAAAAUGCACACAGAAUUUGUGCUAUAAUGUUAGAAAAUACUUUUCUUAGCAUUCCUCAUAUGGCCAGUACCUUGUUUUCCUUCCUCCCAAUGAGGUAUCUUCCUUUGUGGUGCUACAAAAAUAAGUUCUUGUCUUACAGGAAAGUUUCCCAAUGCCGAAUGCCUUCCUUGUUUAUUUCUGGGUUGUCUGAUCAAUUAAUCCCUCCAUUUAUGAUGAAGCAAUUGUAUGAACUGUCUCCAGCCCGGACUAAAAGAUUGGCAAUAUUUCCAGAUGGGACACACAAUGAUACAUGGCAGUGCCAAGGAUAUUUUGCUGCACUUGAACAGUUUAUUAAAGAACUAACCAACAAUCACUGUCCAGAAGAAAAUACAAAGACUUCCAACGUAACAAUUAUAUGA